CUGAUGCAAUCAAAAUGUUUUGUCAUUUAUUAUAUCAAUAAUAAUAAACUAAUAAUAAUAAUGUGAUUAUCAUUUGGUCUAAAAACUUGUUUCUGGAGAUCAGUUAUAAUCAAUUAAAGUGAUACUGAUUUUUGUAUUUUAAUUAAAGAGCAGAUCAUUGUUGUUGUUGCUGGUGGUGGUGAUCACAUAAACAGUUGUUUAAAAAGAUUUUAAAUGUCGACAUCCUGAAAAAUAUGGCCACAAAAUUACCGAUAAUUAUUAGUACCGCCGACGGGUCGUCGUCAUCAGCAGCGGUUGCAAUGAAAUCCGAAUCAAGUCUUACACCUGUCCAGCGGCUGAUGAGUUCGUGUAUCGGCGCAACGGUAACGGCACUGUGCGUCACACCUCUGGAUGUGGUGAAGACACGAAUACAGGCCCAACAAAAGGAGUCAUUGAUGAACAACAACCAAUCAUCAGUCAGACAGUCAACAACCAAUACUCGGCCAAUCGGUAGCGCCGGUGGCGUAGGAAAUGGCAGACAAUUUGGUCAAACUUUUAAAAUGUUUAUCAAAAUGAGUCGUACGGAAGGUCUGACCUCAUUAUGGAGUGGACUCCCGCCGACACUAGCUAUGGUUAUACCGGGAAUGGGUGUCUACUUUACCAGCUAUGAUCUGUUUCGAGUGCAUCUCAACAAACAGUUCGGUUAUAUCAAUCGUUAUCAACCGUUAUGGGUGCCGAUAGUUGCCGGCAGUGUGGCCCGAACACUGGCCGCUGUUAUUAUCAGUCCACUUGAAAUGAUCAAAACCAAAAUGCAAAGUCAACUGUUCACCUACGGUGAGCUGGCCCUAGCACUCAGACAUAUGAUUAGAGUACAGGGCUAUCGUUCCCUAUGGACCGGUAUCACUGCCACUAUACUACGUGACGCUCCGUUUUCAUCAAUCUAUUGGGCAGUCUAUGAAACGAUGAAACAACACGCUUUUGGUUCACCGGUAGAACCUACUGUUCCGGUUAGCUUUAUAUGCGGUGCCAGUGCCGGAACAGUAGCCGCCAUAGUUACUCAUCCGUUUGAUGUCGUCAAAACUCAUCGGCAGAUUGAAAUGGGCUCUACAAGUGGUGGUGGUGCCGGUGGUGUCUAUAGAACUAGUGCUUUAUUGGCGCACAUAUAUCGGGAAACGGGUGCGCGCGGCGUCUUUACCGGCAUUACUCCUCGACUGAUGCGUGUGGCGCCUGCCUGUGCUAUAAUGAUCAGUACGUUUGAAUUGGGAAAGACCUACUGUCGACAGUAUAAUGAUUCAAAAUUAACUUAAACAAUGUUUUUUAUGUUUAAAUUUAUUUAUAGUUGUUAUUAUU